GAGACGACAGCUAAGGAAUAUAAAACGCCCCUGUUAAGACUCAUUUCGAACACCUGCUUACAGUAAAUGAUUUUCAUCACUUCACCAAGGCUACGCGAACGUGUCGGGAGUAUUCAGAUUCUUACCAGCGCACUCUCAUAGCACAAUACUACAGACGUGUAUGGAGCUUGUAGGUGAUACAGUACUGCUGGUACUGUUUACAACGCUUCAUCCACGUACUCAACAGCCCUGUCUUCAUUUACACAAAUACAUAUUUGCCUCUAUGCUUCAGAAAAUUCAGAAAGAUCUGAGGACAACAGUGCCGUUUCCAGGGUCAUAGUGGAAGAUGCUCUGGGGUCCACGAAGUUCAUCCAUAAUAAAGAGUGCUGUCGCUGUUGAAGAAGCUGCUAUUGUUUUUUUUUUCCGUAAAGGGUAUGCAUUUUUAAAGUUGCGCUGAAGACGCUUUGAAUUCCUGGAGGAACCCGGCUUGGUUUGGUCAUCUCCAACCACAACAUCAAAUGUGCCAUCUUCUUCUUGGUAGUCCCUAUACAAUGCCUGAGGCAGGAUCCGAGAGGAUCAGUCCCCAGGGAGUCCCAUACAAAGACCUGCCUCAUAUCAUCAAUGCAGACGGACAGUACUUAUUCUGUAGGUACUGGAAACCAGAACAUCAACCCAGAGCGCUGGUUUUUAUUGCCCAUGGGGCUGCAGAGCACUGUGGAGGCUACAGUGAUCUGGCCCAGACGCUGACGGGACAUUCCCUGCUGGCGUUUGCACACGAUCACGUGGGUCACGGGCAGAGUGAGGGAGACCGCAUGGUGAUUUCUGACUUCCACAUCUUCAUCAGGGACUCCCUGCAGCACAUCGACAUCAUGAAGAGCCGCCACCCUGGCCUUCCAGUCUUCAUUGUCGGACAUUCCAUGGGGGGAGCCAUUUCUAUCCUGACAGCCUGCGAGAGGCCAAACGACUUUGCUGGGCUUGUGCUAAUUUCCCCCAUGGUCCAAAUGAACCCUGAAUCAGCAACUCCUGUUAAGGUAUUCAUAGCCAAGCUCUUAUACCACCUGGUGCCAAACCUGUCCUUGGGUUCAAUAGAUUCCAAAUGGAUAUCACGAGAUCAGAAACAGGUCGAGGCCUAUGACAGCGAUGCUCUGAACAAUCAUGGAGGCGUGCGAAUUUCCUUCGGCAUGCAGUUAAUGAACGCCGCUACCAAGAUUGAGAAAGCCCUGCCCAACAUCGCCUGGCCGUUUCUGCUUCUCCACGGAGAUGCUGACAAACUCUGUGACAUCAAGGGCUCCCAAGUGAUGUACGAAAAAGCACAGAGCCUGGAUAAAAAAUUGAAGGUGUACAAUGGAGCCUAUCAUGCUCUGCAUCACGACCUCCCGGAUACAGCUAACUCAGUCCUCAAAGAGAUCAGCACCUGGAUUGUCCAGCGACUCCCAGAAGAAACACAGACCAAAUCAUAGAAGACAGGUCACCACCCCAGCUCUUAUUUGCUUCAGGUUGAAGUCGGCCAGUCAUUAAGAGGCAGAGCUACUUGGCAGUAAUCAUGUACUGUGUAAACAAUGAUUGCCACUCGAGCCAUUUCCCAAGCUGGGUUUAGGCAAGCAAGCGAUAAAAUCUACUACCUAGAGCAUCCUGGGGCCCUCAUUGCUAGUCAACAUCUUAAUAACACUUUUUCAUACCAUGUGAACUAGCACUUUGAUUUCACAAGGGGGGGUCAUCGUGUUUAAGUCAGGUUGGAAGUUGGGAUUGGUAAAACAAAUGUAUAACGUUAUUUCAACAUGAACCUUAUCUUAUAGACUCUUAUGACAUGGACAGUUAGUUAAAUAACUCAUACAUUUUACCUUAGAAAAGUGGAAGGGUCAAUGGGUUUGCAAAAUUGGAAUAUCUCAAUAUUGUCUUAAAGCCCAUGAACUCUUAGAUAGAUGGAGUGUAAGUAGAAGUGCCUGGAGGUGUGGUGUUAUCCAGGUAUCAAGGUCAAAACCAGCUAACACAAAAAUUAGAAUGUUAUCGUGUCACAACUUGUGCUUUACUACAAAAUGUAUAGUUUUGAAGUUUCAGGAUGUCAGUAAUUUUUGUGGAACUCUUUCUUACUUAUGUAAUACAGUAACAGCCUUGAAGUUUAAUUUCUAAAUUUAGCACAUAAGCAUGUUCUAAAUGCACAUUUUUUCUGCUAACCUUGAUGUUAGAUUAUUGUUUUAUCUUACACACCUGACGUUUGCAAGUCACCAUUUAACAAAAAAAAAAUCCUGAUGCUUAACUGACAUUUAAUGACGAUGUUUUGCUAAUGACAUAGUAUGAUUUUUAGACAUUCUUGUUCAUAACCCUAUCAGAUUUUAAACAAGGUAACUUCAAUUUUUAAAUCAGCCAAUAAUCCUAGGCUUCAUUCAGCUUCUACAUAAUGUAGCUGCAAAUUGCCUGUAGAUGUGGCUUUUUAAAAAAUAAGACAACAUUGUAAAUUCUUUUUCAUUGUUUAGAGAUAAUUUUAUAAUGUAUUUACAGUACCUGGUGGAAUGAAGAAAAAACAAUUUACAGAAUAUCAAAGACAUAAUAAGUGUUGUAUUUGAAAGUGCAAAUAGGUUUACUGUAGAAUAUAUUGUUAGGAGCAUGCACUCAGUGUACAUUAGAAGUAAGGGCAUUUCCAAAAAUACUCCAUGGGAAUAAUGCCACUCUUUUCAGUAGGUGUUUGCACUGUAGAGUGUCAUCUUUUAAUAUUCAAUGCUCAGAUUAUUUAGUUUUCUGAAAAGUCAAGAGCAGAACACAUACGGUAAGCCAAAACUGUCAGUCUCUGGUAUUUUCUGUUUUGUAUGAAUGGGACUGUGUGUUAUGCUGCAAAAACAGUAUAAUAUAAUUGCAUAACAGUGCCAUUUGGAAAGAAUUAAGAAAGUGUGGGGGUUCUUUUAAAGGUGACGUAAAGGAGGUGUAAUUUGUGUCAGGUGUUUUUUUCCUUGUUACAUUUUUGUCACAUGUUUUGUAAUAUAAUUGCACGUGUGGUUCUCAUGUUAAGUACAUUAUUUUUUUACCUGACAAAACACUAAUACUCUCCAUGACUUUAAUAUAUCUCUUUUGGGUUUCUUUGAGUAAAUAAGAAUGAGUUUUUUAAAGUUUUUUGUGUUUUUGCCCUAUUUGUGCUGAAAGUAUUUUGCAUCUCUUAUUUCCCUAUUUUAUUUCCUGGCCAGCUGCACACAUAAGCCUAGCUUUAGGUUUUAUUAUUGAACAAGUUCAUUACUGUAGCAGAUAAUAUUUAAAAUAGGAACAACAGAGAAUUAUAGAGUCACUUUACUAUGAAAAUAGGUCUGACAACAGGAAGCAAUAAGGAACUGUGAGACAUUUACAUCACACCAAAUUCCCAGUAUGGUGACCAAGAAGGGAACUGUAGUAAGUGCCAUCCUUCAAAUAAGAUGCUAAAAUGUGGUCCUUUGAUUAAAGGCCUCAUGGUGCUGUUGGUGAAAAUACAAGUGUCUUUGUUACUUUCCAGUCUGGGCUUGAACAAUCUGACCAAGUAAAUGUCUCCUCUCUCCCCCAGAUUCAAUUAAUAAAGCAAUUUUUCACUGCGCUGUCUUAUCUGCUGUAUAAUGGGGCUGCUGGCUCACAAUGGCUGCCACACUUCACCCUUGUGGGUACUGCACCUCAGUGGGGGACAGAGGGGGUCACUUCUCUUGAUUUUAGAAAAUAUACUUUGGGGAUCCCUAUCAGGAGUUGCAGCAAAGAGGCUGGUUAGCCACUCCCUAUGCCAGCCUGUGGUAGAUUAAUCCAGGAAAGGUUCAGGAAAGUUCCAAAAGUAACCAAAUCCUAAAAACAUGAAGCAAUGGCGUAAUCAAAGGAUUGAGCUAGGGUUUCGAGAGCCAAAAGACAAUUUGGUUUAAAGUAUUUCUUUCCCGAACUACGUAAAGCGAGGGUUGAGCUCGGAAGAGGCAACCUCAUUAGUGAGCAGAGACUGAGUGGAGUGAGAGGGUAUACUGUAAAUACGGAAGAUGGAAGGAAGAGUGUGUAGAAAGAUAAUUGAUUAAUUAGUGCAUGGAUGUUAACGGUGAGAAGUGCUUACGUGUGGUUUGUGACAAUCCUUUAAAAAAGUAGUGUAUAAAUGCAACUACCAACUAUUAACUAUCAAUCACUUUUCUGAGUGUUUCUUUACAGAAAGAAACAACGUAUUGUGCCAUAAGUACAAAAGCAGUAGGUGCUGAAAAGUGUUCAGAAUUAGUUCCCUUUUUCUUAUCCUGUUUGCCUCAGAGCAUACCAGUAUCCACAUGUUGAUGGGACAGGACAGAUGCUGUCUUUGCUGUACCAAACUGGGUUUUGUCAUUGGCUUCAAAUGAAAAAGUCACCCUCGGAAGAGGCCUCAGAUCUUGUUGUAGUUACAAAGUAAAGUGUUACAUAUCUGGAUGUUACACAUUGCUUGAGAUGAAUAUAGUCUUUCUUUAAAGGAAACACUUUCCGGUGCAAAUGAGAGUCCUUCCUAGUUCAUGAUUUUCACUUAUUAAAGUGGUCAUUUUGUGCAAGUUUUGAAAUGAAGUAAAACUAAGACAUUCAAUUAAUCUUCCAUUAAAUGUCUUUUCAUUUACCAUAUGUAAUCUAACCCUGCUGCAAAGAUCAGAAUGAUUAAUCUAAUCAGUUUAACAUAAUGUGAAGGUUUCUAGACAUUCAAAAUCCAACCUCUCAGAGCAGGGUUGUUACACAAGUGGAAGACUGCUGGUUAGAAUCCCGACAUCUUGCUAUUCUAAAAAGUUCAAAACACAGCAAUCAGAACAGCAGGUCCUGUAACUAAGGCAAUAAAGUUUUACAUCUGUUUUUGAAGGACACAGGAGAUGUAUCUCUUCAAUUAACUUCUGUCUACUUCAAUGUUUGUAUACAUCUCUUAGUACCCUCAAUUUUGUAAACACCAUAUUGUUACAGUAUAUAUGUAUAAAAUGACAGUGCUGGAGACACAUAAAUGGGUUAAUUUAGGAUGAGGUGUAAACUGGGAGCACUUAGUGAGAUUUUUGUCUAAUUCUUUUACAUGUGCUGUUCCUUUUUCAUGUUUUUGUGUAUGGUUAAAGGAAAGACACUAUCAGGGAGAUUGAUCAAGUCCAUGUUUUGUCCUGUUGUACAUUUUAUGUAAUUCUAAACUGUGAGAUAAUGUGUGAAAUAAAGUCCACCAGCUUAUAUAA